GAGAUUUUUAAAUCAUUUGUUGACAAUUUUUGGUGUUGAUUGUUUGUGUUUUAAUUAUUAGCUUUUUGUUGUUAGCUGAAUAAUUAUGCCAAAUAUCAAAGUGUUUAGCGGUUCAUCUCAUCCUGAUUUGGCUCAGAAAAUUGGAGAACGACUUGGAAUUAAUUCUGGUAAAACUGUUCUAAAGAAAUUCAGUAACCAAGAAACUUCGGUUGAAAUUGGUGAAAGUGUUCGAGGUGAAGAUGUUUACAUAAUACAAUCGGGUUGUGGUGAAGUAAAUGAUCACCUAAUGGAACUUUUAAUCAUGAUUAAUGCCUGUAAAUUUGCAUCAGCUGCUAGAGUUACGGCUAUUCUACCAUGUUUUCCUUAUGCUCGACAAGAUAAAAAGGAUAAAUCUCGAGCCCCAAUUAGUGCUAAAUUAGUGGCCAACAUGCUUUCAGUGGCUGGAGCAGAUCACAUAAUCACCAUGGAUCUUCAUGCAAGCCAAAUUCAAGGAUUCUUUGAUAUUCCUGUGGACAAUUUAUAUGCUGAACCAGCGGUAUUAAAAUGGAUCAGAGAAAACAUUCCCGAUUGGAAACAAUGUGUAAUCGUCUCUCCUGAUGCUGGUGGAGCAAAACGAGUUACAUCAAUUGCCGAUAGACUAAAUGUGGAUUUCGCUUUGAUCCACAAGGAAAGGAAAAAGGCCAAUGAGGUCGCUUCCAUGACCCUUGUAGGUGAUGUCAAGGAUAGAACAGCCAUUUUGGUUGAUGACAUGGCCGAUACUUGUGGGACCAUUUGCCAAGCAGCUCAAAAGUUAAGAGAAGCUCAAGCGUCUAAAGUUUAUGCGAUCUUGACCCAUGGGAUUUUCAGUGGUCCUGCGCUACCAAGAAUUAAUUCAGCUUCAUUUGAAUCUUUAGUUGUUACUAAUACCAUUCCACAAGAAGAGAAUAUGAAAAGAUGCUCAAAAAUUCAGUGUAUCGACGUUAGCAUGAUCCUUGCCGAAGCCAUCAGGAGAACCCACAAUGGUGAAUCUGUCUCUUAUCUGUUCAGUCAUGUUCCCAUGUGAGAUGAUAUUAUUAAAGAAAUUGUGUUAAAAUCACCAAUCAAAUUAGAUUGACAAUCGAGAAAUCAAAUCGAAAUAUAUUAUCAUCUUAAUAUUGUAAUAAUAAUAAAGAGAAAACAACAAUCAAUUCAAAUUUGA